GACGAUUUCUCGUUGAAAUGGGAUAAAACCUAGGCGUGGCUCUUCUCCUUCUUCCGUUGAAAUUGAUCUCUGCUUGUUUGAAUACUGAUCAACUAGUUUCCCAAAGCCGAAGACUGCGGGACUGCGGCGAAUCAAAUCGACGGUGAGUCCAUCAGAUUCAUCUCUCGAUUUCACCUCUGUUCGACUAAUUCAAACCUUAGAACCAAUCUCUUUAGGGUUUCGUCGUCUCGGUGAUGGGGUACGAUAGAAUAAGCUUACUCCCAGAUUCCUUACUAACUCAGAUACUCUUACACCUCCCGACCAAAGACUCAGUCAAGACAAGCCUCCUCUCGACCAGAUGGAGAAACCUAUGGCUCGAUGUUCCAGGCCUAGAUCUCCACUCCAACGACUUCCGUUACUCCAGUUCCGCCAUCAAGACCUUCACCGACAAGUUCCUAGAAUCAAACCGCGAGUCACGCCUCCUAAAGUUCAAGAUCAAGUACGACGAAUGCAAUGUCUACCUCUUCGGAAUCAGCGAAUGGUUCGUCACAGCGGUUAACCGUGGAGCUCGGGUUCUAGACGUUGACACCCUUAGGUGUCCUUUCUACAAAGACUUGAUGCCUUUGGACGUUUACAAGAGCAGGAGUUUGGUGUCUUUGAAGCUUGUCAACGUAGGGUUGUUGAAUCCGGGGUUUGUUGUUUCUCUACCGUGUCUCAAGAUCAUGCAUCUUGAAGAUAUUCAGUACUGUAGUGACGAUGGUGCUUUGAUCGUGGAGAAGCUCGUCUCGGGAUGUCCUGUUCUUGAAGAUCUGACUUUGUGCAGGUCUUUUGAUGAUAAGUUGCCGGUGGUUCUGCGUGUGAGUUCUCAGACUCUCAAGAGGUUUUGCGUGAAGUCUGGCUCUGGGAUGGAGAAUGAUGCUCCGGGACUUAAAUGUAUUGAGUUCCGAGAUGAUGUGGGGAAGAAGAAUCUGAGCUUCUUGCACAUGGUGGACAUCGAUUUUAAAUUCAAUGUUGAGAUUGGUAGUAAUUUGGAAAUGAAGUAUCCCAACGAGGUUCUAAAUGGUGUUUCGAGUGUAAGACAUUUGAUCAUCUCUCAGCGUACUCUAAAGGAACUAUAUCGUUGCUUAAACAUGGAACCGAUCAGCAAAUUUCAUAACUUGUCUCGUUUGGAGGUUUCAUUCUCCAGUCUCUUAUUACAAGUGUUGCCCAAUUUUCUUGAGAUUGGUCCUAAUCUAAAGUACCUCACCUUGUACCUAGUUUUCUCAACGGAGAUUGAAGGAGAAAAUCUUGAGCUUACGAAUGUUCCUCGGUGCUUACUAUCGACUCUGGAGUGUGUUGAGAUUAAAGAAGUGAUUACCGGAGAAGAAACUGGGAUGAUGAGGACUAAUAAGAUAAGGGCGUUGAGAGUGGCAAAGAAGAAGAAGAAAAUAUGGAUGGAAGUAGUGAGGUACUUUCUUGAGGAUUCCUUAGUUCUAAAGAAUCUGAUAUUGUGUCUAACAGAUUCAGAUAUCACAAAGAAGCUUCUCACAUUCACAAAACGUUUUCGCCGGUGUCAAACUAUGUUUCGUUAAAUGAGUAAAUGAUGCUUCUGAGUUUAUAAUUUAUUGUAAGAUAUCUUCAUGUAGUGGGAAAUCACAGCUAGGCUUAGCAUUUGAGAGAUAGAUAGAGGGAGAGAUGGUUUAUUAUGUUAAAAAAUCUUGUGGUUAUGAUGUUUUGUACAGAUUUGGAUUGUUCAACCAUCGAUAAAUUAAAAAAAAAAGUCAGAUUAGUGCGAA